AUGACUGAUAACGUUGAAAGACAAAAAUCUACAAGAUGGGUGAAAGAAGUACCUACAUAUGGUGGAUGGGGUGAUGAAGAUGAAUAUGAAUAUGAAGAUGAUUAUGAAACAAAUAAUAAUGAAUCAAAUACAAAUCUUCCAACAACAUCAAAUAUAGCAGCACAUACACAGAAUCAAUCUACAAAUCAAAUUCCAUCUUUACCUCAUAGUAUAUUAAAUGAUUAUAAAGAAUCACUACGAGAAGGUGAAACAGAUAGUUUUGUAAGUGUACCUCAAUCUGAUUUAGUUUUAUCAAUUGAUAAAAAGAAACAAUAUGAAGAUGAUUCAGAUAGUAGUGAUGAAGAUGAUGAAAAUAAAUAUGAUGAUAGUAAAGAACAAUUGUCCAAAAACAACACACACACAACUGAUCAUCAAUUUAGUAAUAAUAAUGAAUCAAUAUAUCAAGAACCAGAACCUCAUCAUUAUCAUGAGGCUGUGCCAGGAGCCUUCAAAGAUGAUAUUAGAUUACAACCAGAUUUAUCAACUACAAGUUUAUCAAAAAGUGCAAACAACCUAAUAACAAAUAAUAGUAAUAAUUCAAGUUCAAAUUUAAAUGAAUUUAUAGUACCUCCAACUCCAACUUAUAGUGAAUUUUCAAAUCAUGAAAAUAUUCGUACACCUUCUGAAGCAAGUUUUCAAUCUGAUUCAUCAAUACAAAGAGAACCUAUUAAUUUGAGUAUAAAAAAUUCAAAUUAUAAUAAGGGAAUAAGUGCUGAUGAUACAUUUAAUGAAAAAGAUGAGGAACAAGAACUUACAAAAGAACAAACUAUUAAAAGACAACCUGAAAAAUUAGUAUUGUCUGUAGAUAAAAAGAAGCAAAAUGAAGAUGAAGAUGACGAUAGUACUGAUGAUGAUUGGGGGUAUAAUGGUCGUGAUUCAUCAGAUGAUGAAGAAGAAGAAGAAGCCCAAAAAGAAAAUCACCAACAACAUUCACAUAAUUCAUCGAGUCAUGAUAUUGAUUCUUUCAUUCAUGAAUUAAAUAAUAAUAAAUCUAAAGAUUAUAAUCAAAUGCAAAUUGAUACUAGUAAUUUAAAUCAUCAAGAAUUAGAUCAUCCUGAAGAAAGUCCAAUAGCUCCAUUAACAAUAGCACAACAACAUAAUUCAUAUUUGAAUGAUUAUAAUAAUGCAAAAAGAAGAGAUUCCGUUAGAAAACCACCAAAAAAGGAUUCUGGAGAUUAUUCACAUAUUGUAAGUGGAUAUGGUACAGAAACUGAACAAUCAUCAUUAGCUGAAGAAAAAGACAUUGUUUCAAAUAAAGAAGUAGAAGAGGAAGAAGAAUUAGUACCACCUGAUUUACAUCCAGUAAUUUCAUCAGGUUCAUUAUCAACUGGUAAAUUAUCAAUGGAUUUUAAAUUUCAACAACAACAACAACAAGAUAUAGAUAAUAGAUCAUCAAGAAGAAUAUCUCAAGAUACUUUUAAUAUGAAUAAUUGGAAUCAAAAUACUGAAAAUUUUAGAAAUCAAUUUAUAAAUGAUAAUGAUAAUGAUUCAACAAUAAAUUUUGAUUCUGAAGUUAAAUCAAAAUAUGAUAAAUUUAUUAAAAAUAGAAAUUCUUCUUCUGGAUUAAGUGAAAUUCAUUCAAAUUCUAGUUCAUUAUCUGUACCUGAUACUAUUGAUGUUAUGCCAAAUAUUCAAGAAGAUGAUAAUGAUCUUGACGCUGAAGAACAUUCUGAAAAUCACGAUGAUACUACAUCAAGUAGAUUAGAUACAAUUACAACUCAAGAUUCAAUAUUAAAUUCAAAACCUUAUUUAAAACCUGUAUUUGGUGAAGAAAAAAUGACACCUGCUCAAUCAAAAGAAUCAUUACCUCAAAAAUAUAAUAGUUUAAUCCCCAAAUUACCAAGAAAAGCAUCUGAUGGAUCAAUUGAUAUCGAACCAACAAAAUCAUCAUCAUCAAUAAUAGGUUCGAACAAAAGUCCUCCCCCAAAAAUUUCAAGAAAUACAAGUGAUUCAACAACUUUAAUAACACCGCAACCAACUAUAAAUUUCACUCCAGAUAAAUAUCCAGUAUCAGAUUGGAAAAGUAUAAUAACAAUAUCACAACCAAAAGAUAGAAUUACAGCUUUUAAAAAAGCAUUAGUCGCAGAAUUGGAAUAUGAAACAGGUUUAAAAAAUUGGUUAAAUUAUAGUUUAAAACAAACUUCAAAUUUUGGUCCAAAUAAUAAUAAUAUUCAUAUUGGUAGAAUUGCAUCACAAGCUUAUUCAAAUGCUCCUCAUAAUGAUUUAAGAAGACAUGGUUCAUUUAGAUCUAAAGUUAAUGUUAUGAAAGAUAAAGUUGAAGGAACUGGUUCUACCGCUUCUAAUUUUGGUAAAAAAUGGUUAAACAAGAGUAAAAAAUUUAUAUCUGGUGGUGAUAAAUAA